UUCACAGCGAUGAUUUACUCGACCACCAAUAACACAACAAGUGUGAUGCUUAGUUCAGCGGAAAGAUACUGCAUAUUAGGAUACCAUCUUAUUAUUGUCAUCUCAUCCUUGAUAGGAGAUACUAUCGUGCUAGUGGCAGCCAUCAAGUACAGAGCUAUAAAACUACACAAGUUCAUCGUAGGACUGAUCGUACAUAUUGCUGUUUGUGACUUGACUCUCAAUUUCUCCUACGUCAUACCAGCCGCUAUAUCCCUGGCAGCUGACGGUUGGAUCUUUGGUAAUUUGUUGCUUUGUAUCCGUGUCUAUGUUACCUGGUUCUCCUUCUCAGCCAGCGUCUUCUUCGUAUGUGCUCUUACUUCCAGCAAGCUGUUUAUACUAAAACACCCCCUACGAUCCAGAUCUUUGACAGAGAGGAAUGUUCACGUAAUGUGUGGGUGCAUAUGGAUAAUAUCUGGCUACAUGCCAAUAUUAUUCUUCAUUAUAGAUAAGGACGACGUGAAGUUCGACCCCCUAACUUAUUACGGAGAAUACGGCUAUAACGCGGCAACCUGGGACUGGCUUGUACCUCUCAGUGCUGCCUUAUUAGCAGGCAUCCCCAACACCGUAACUAUCCUGAACACUAUCUGUAUAACACUGUAUCUAGUGGAGGCUAGAAAUGUAGCCAGAGUGAGCGGGGGAAGGUUGGUGUGGCACGGACUGUUGACGGUGGUGUCCACUGCUGUGGUGUGUUCUGUUGCUUCCAUGCCCAUGGCACUGUACUUCGUGACGUCCAGACAUAAAAUGUUUGAAGGGAGAUCGGCGGAUAGUUUCCAUGUAGUUGCAAGAUAUCUAACCCUGCUAAAUGUUAUGUCGAACUUCUUUAUAUACUGUGUCACCGUGCCAAGUUUUAGGAAGUUUAUAAAAAUAAAGGUGUUUGGGAAACGAGAUCCGUCCGUCAACCAUACCAGACGGGCAUUGAAAAAUACAUUAACACUACUUUGAAGCAACUACUCUACAACUGUAACAAGAACAACUACUCUACAACUGACGCUCACUAUAACACAUGUCAUCAACGUGGUCUGAACUCCAGUGUGAGAUUGCACACGGACAAGUCUCUAACACCUUAUUGACCAGGGGACAGCUGUAUUGUCAUUUAAUUGUGAAGAUUGGGCAUUUCUCUGCCGAUCUAGCUAACUUCCAACAAUCAACAAUGGUGCAAGUUUUAAAACUUAAUUUUUAAUUGAACGUGCUUUUAUCUUUUUAUAGAAACGUUAAUUAUGAGA